GCUGCCCUGGACCUCAGGCGACCUCAGGACCCUGUGAUUGGCGCCUGCGCCGGCGGACCGUGACGGAAGAAACCCCUGGAGGGCCUUGAGCAUUCCUUGGGCUCCCUGCCUGUUCUUCGUGCUCCUUUCGGUAAAGUUAGAGCAGAGAUCUCACAUUAUCAGUCUUUGACCCACACGGAAUGCCUGGCAUUUGAUAAAUGUUUGUUGAACUUGAAGAAAUAUAUGCGCAAUGAAUCUGCAAAGAUACUGGGGAGAGAUACCAAUAUCAUCAAGCCAGAGCAACAGAAGUUCCUUCGAUUUGCUCCCACGGGAGUUCCGUCUGGUGGAAGUCCAUGACCCACCCCUGCACCAACCCUCAGCCAACAAGCCGAAGCCCCCCACUAUGCUGGACAUCCCCUCAGAGCCAUGUAGUCUCACCAUCCAUACAAUUCAGUUGAUCCAGCACAAUCGACGUCUUCGCAACCUUAUUGCCACAGCUCAGGCCCAGAAUCAACAGCAGACAGAAGGUAUAAAGACUGAAGAGAGUGAGCCUCUUCCCUCAUGCCCUGGGUCACCUCCUCUCCCUGAUGACCUCCUGCCUUUAGAUUGUAAGAAUUCCAAUGCACCAUUCCAUAUCCGGCACAGUGACCCGGAGAGUGACUUUUAUCGUGGGAAAGGGGAACCUGUGACUGAACUCAGCUGGCACUCCUGUCGGCAGCUCCUCUACCAGGCAGUGGCCACAAUCCUGGCCCACACAGGCUUUGAAUCUGCUAAUGAAAGUGUCCUGGAGACCCUAACUGAUGUGGCACACGAGUAUUGCCUUAAGUUUACCAAGUUGCUGCGUUUUGCUGUGGACCGGGAGGCUCAGUUGGGACAGACUCCUUUUCCUGAUGUGAUGGAACAGGUAUUCCACGAAGUGGGUAUUGGCAGUGUGCUCUCCCUCCAGAAGUUCUGGCAGCACCGCAUCAAGGACUAUCACAGUUACAUGCUCCAGAUUAGUAAGCAACUCUCUGAAGAAUAUGAAAGGAUUGUUAAUCCUGAGAAGGCCACAGAGGACACUAAACCUGUGAAGAUCAAGGAGGAACCUGUGAGCGACAUCACCUUUCCUGUCAGUGAGGAACUGGAGGCUGACCUUACUUCUGGAGACCAGUCACUGCCCAUGGGAGUGCUUGGGGCUCAGAGUGAACGCUUCCCAUCCAACCUAGAGGUUGAAGCUUCACCACAGGCUUCAAGUGCAGAGGUAAACGCUUCUCCUCUUUGGAAUCUGGCCCAUGUGAAAAUGGAACCUCAAGAGAGUGAAGAAGGCAAUGUCUCUGGGCAUGGUGUGCUGGGCAGCGAUGUCUUCGAGGAGCCCAUGUCAGGCAUGAGUGAAGCUGGGAUUCCUCAGAGCCCUGAUGACUCAGAUAGCAGCUAUGGUUCCCACUCCACUGAUAGCCUCAUGGGGUCUUCCCCUGUUUUCAACCAGCGCUACAAGAAGAGGAUGAGGAAAAUAUAAAAGGAAAAGAGGGAGAUUUUUUGUCUAGACCUACUAGACCCAACAGAAAAGGUUUUUGUGUAUCUGUUUUCAUAAAAAUUGAUUUUGACUCCUGUUCUUAAACACAGGUGGUUUUUCCUAAUUCCAGAGGAACUGGAUGUCACCAAACAAGGCUGCAUUUUACUUUUGCAUCCAGUUUUUAUAGUUUCCCACAACUAAGCCACCCUUCACAGAUGAAUGAUGAUGCUGGUAUGGCAAUCAGGAGACCAAAGCAGUGUCCCCCCACUGUUGUCUUAACUAUGACUAGACACGUUACCUCUCUAUAACCAUUUCUCUCAUACUGCUGAGAAGAAUCAUACUUCUUUGACCUACAUUGUAGAGAUGUGAGGAUUUAAAUGUUUGCUAACUUCAAAACUGCGCUUGAAUAGACUCAUAAUAUAUGCUCAUAUCAGA